UUUCGUAGCUCAGAGCGUUUUAACCCGCCUCGAAGUCCAUCAUCCUCGAACUAUCGGUGUCGUUUCUUCCCCGGUUUAGGCGUGGUACCUAGCUCCACCAAAGGCGGGAGCUUUCGCGAGACCACGGUCGCGCUUUAUUUUUGAUACCGAAGUCGGGCGGGUACACUAAUGAAACAGGAUUAACACGGGGGAUGGGCCGAGUCGUGUCACGAGGACGAGAGGCGAACCGUUUCGUUGGCCGCGUCGCGUCGUCGGGCUGCGAAACGUUCCACCGCUCGUGUUUCCACCGUAAUCGGACUAUCGAGCGGGCUGCGGAAGGUGUUCCAUAGCCCGCGGAACCGCAGGCGGUCGAGCUAGGUAUACCCUGAUCGGCGACCCCGCAGCGAUAAUCCCGCCCCGCGCCCCUCUUAUCCCGGUGCUCCCGAUCCCGGAGGAUGGAACCGUGACGACCGGGCCACCCCGGCAGCUCGCGCGUCGCUCGCAAGGACAUCCCCGAUCUCCCGAAGGCAUCGUUUCGCUCGCCUCGACGACGUCUCACGAUCUCGCGCGUCCACCUUUGGACAUCCUGCUGUGCGUUGUUGCUCGCAAGGUCCGCCACAGAGCCUGAACGAAACCCGGCGAUCCUCUUCGGACUCUCCCGGCCUGCCGGGUAGCAGAAAGUUUAGAGAGACGCGGGUCCGGAGUCACGAUCGAUAGCAAUGAGAGAGCCCAGCGGAACGGGAGAGAGAGAGAGAGAGAGAGAAAGAGAGAGUGUGUGUGUGAGAGAGCGGAACGGGAAGAGGAGAACGAAAAGGAACGGUUCUCGUUCACACGUCGGCCCUGUUGUCGCUUCUCUCCGGCCCGCGCGUGUCUGUAUUCCCGACCACCCCCACCCAGACACCCCUGUUUCUAUCGAGAGACCUUGACAGCCUCGAGGCGGUCGGUGCCGCAAGGACGACGAAACGUAAUCGGAGGAACAAUGACACGUCCGAGCGACACGAUCGAAGGAAUUCUGUUCCCGUUGUCUUUCUUGCAUGAGAGAAACCACCCCCAAACUCCCGCCAUGUCCCGGCCUCCCCUCCGACGAUCCCAGAAUCUCUCCCAGGUCGAACCUUCAGAUGCGGUGUGCCGCCGCAUCCCCGGCGAACGAACGCAAGGUGGAACGGAAGCCGACCUUGUCGAACGCAGAGACAGACCCAGACCCGUCUCCCUCCGAGUUCCCCCCCGAUCUGGGUCAAGGGUGGUGCGUCAGCGACAGCUGACCGAAGUCAAGCUGACGACACAGGAUAAGAACGCCGAUCGAAAAGAGAAUAGUACGACCAGCAACCGGUAUCAUCGACGAACACCGCAGAGAGAAAGAAAGAAAGAAUUCUUGUGCUCGAUCGUUGAUCUGAUCCAGCUUGAACUACCUUCCGACCUCUCCCCGGUCCCAUCGUUUCUUUAUCUCUCAUCAUCUUAUCCCCCCACCCACGACGCCCCUUACGUGUCCCCCUCGCUCGCACAUUUGAUUUUGAUCGACAUACGCUCAUACGCUCCAAAAAAUGAUUUCUCUUCAUCGUCCAGCAGUCGUUCGUCCAUCCGCAUCGACCACGGAACAAUCUUCGUACAGCUCGCCAUCAGCCAUGAACCCGCGCGCAGAUCUCAUCCCGCACGCGGCAGAUCGUUUCUUUUUCUUUUUUCUAGCGAUCGAUCGCGACAGAGAAUCGUCUCUCUCCCUUUCAUCCACGAGAAUCGCUGUUCUCGCACUCGCAGGCCACCCGAACACCGAAACAUAUAUCCCGGGCACUUUCGGAACGGCAUCACCCAGCACCCCCCCGCCAAUCCACCCAUGAGUAGUUGUCACGUUGAUUAUAUAGCAUUGCCAAACGAUCCGUCACGUAACCCCCGCCACACGUAUAUUAUCAUCCGCUCUUGGUUUCCCGUUCGGCCUCCGCCUAGCGCUACAACACACUGGACAAGCCCCAAAAAAAUCACAGUCACCACCCACGCCCACUGAACCGUGAGAAAGGAACCGUCGACCGAACAACAACCACCUUCUUCCUUCAUGCAUCAUCGAAGACACACACACCCCUGUGUUCCCCCCACCAUCACCACCGCCACCAUCACCACCACCACCGGUUCAUAUCGUCGUACUUCACACACGUGGCACGCUCAUUACUCGUAUGUUAUAUCGUAGAUCUAGCGUUCCGAUCGAGGGAAUCGGAUCUUCGUCCAUCCUCAUCGAUCGUUACACACGUCAUGCCCAUCAGCCAGCCAUCAGGGAUCGAGGUAUCGGGAGUCGUUUAUAGGGUUUCAUCAUCUCUCUCUCCGACCAUCCCCGUGGAAAAAAAAUGAAACAUCAUCGUGUUCGUUCGCUCGCUCGCUCGCUCGCCAUUCUCUCGUCGCGUAGAGUUUCUCGAAUGCGAACGGAUCGUUUCAAGGCAUGAUGCAUGCGUCCGAGAGCCGGACGACGUAGACCAGAUUUAUUGUUUGUCACGUUCGUUUCUAGAACCAUCUCGAGACUCGUUCGCGCGACGGAUCCGCGACGGAUCUAUCCGGAGCAACGGCGCCCCACCCCCCUCCUCCCUAGAUUUUCAUACGGCGCGACGGAUCCGCGACGGCUCUAUCCGGAACAACGGCCCUCGGAUUUUCAUUUACGGCGCGACGAAGAUUCGCGUUCGCGAAUCACGCGGACAAUGCAUAACCGUGACGCAGAUCCCGGUCACUCCCCCCCUCCGCGAUCACCACCCCGGCUUCCUGAACCCCGGCCGACGACGAUUUCAUUGUCCAGGGUCAGGAAGCUCCGCCGGGUUUCCUUGACGUCGCCGCAAUUGAUUCUCGCUGGUGCUAAAUCGUUCGACCGUUAAACGCGCUGUCGAUAUGUAUUUCUAUGGCAGAGCUGUAAGUAGCCGCGAGAGUGGUUCGAACGGUUCCGGCUUUGUAAACGCGGCGCCGGUCUUGAUGCACCGUCGCGGUCGGCGAACGUCCGAAGAAAAGUGUUCAAUUGUACGGGCACGCAAUAGCGAAAGUCGAAAACUGUUUUGUUGUUCCGAGCUGUUUCAGAGUUUCUCGCCGGUUACCUGAUUCCACGUGUCCGUCUGUGCGCGUACAAAUAUGCUAGCACCCCUAGGAUCAACCGGACGUCCGACCGGAUGACGCUUGUCCGACAAUCUCUCUGCGAACCGAUCGACGAUGCAACUUCCGCGAUUAUUGAUUUCCUGCUACGACAAACCGUUCGAAUACGUUCGAUGUACGCCGCAGAGUGCGUAUGGCUGACUAAGAAAUGAGAGAUCGUACGUUCUUUUCGCUUUUUCGAGCUGUUCUUUAUCGUCUAAAGUUUAACCCUUUCGCUACGGCAGCCCCAUCCGCCGAAGUACCGAACGGAAACUCGCUCCGGAGAUAUGCACAG